AUGAGUUCAUUAAAUGAACCACCAGUUCUUGGAGCUGGGCAACCACUCGGGACUCGACUAAAAGGAUGGUUUUUCGCAGCAGCUAUGCUUCUUUCUGCAUUUUUCGGAGUUCUGUACAUUGUCACCCCUCUUGUCGUAUUAUUAUUCUUCAAGCCACGUCUUUGGCGACAGAUGCUCGAUAGGCUGGUUGGAAUUUGGGUGAUUAUGCCGGGUGCACUGUGCAACUACAUCUUCGGAGCUAACAUCAGAAUCAAAGGAGAUUUCAUCAAACACGAUGAGCCAGCUCUUAUCAUUAUGAAUCAUCGUACUCGUCUUGAUUGGCUGUUCUUCUGGAAUGCUCUCUACAAAAUGGAUCCAUGGUUGUGCACAUCAGAGAAGAUUUCACUGAAAGGGAUGCUAAAAUACGUGCCAGGAGCCGGGUGGGCAAUGCAAGCAGCUUCUUAUAUCUUCUUGGAUAGAUCCUUCGAUACGGACAAAACAAAAUUGGACAAUAUUCUGAAUUAUUAUGCGGAAACUGAAUACAAAUAUCAGCUCCUUUUGUUCCCAGAAGGAACUGACAAAUGUCCGAAAGCAACAGAAAGAAGUCGAGUGUUCGCUGAAAAGAAGGGUCAUGUUCACUAUCAAUACGUGCUCCAUCCACGUGUCACUGGCUUCGUGCAUAUUGUUCAAGAAAUGAGAAAAGCGAACAAUAUCAACUACAUCUAUGACGUAUCCAUUGGAUUCGGUGAUGCUAUUGUUCAAUCGGAAGUUGAUAUUGCUGCUCAUGGAGCUUGUCCAAAAGAAAUCUACUAUCAAGUCAUCAAAUACCCGAUCGAUAGAAUCCCAAAAAGUGACGAAGCUCUCGGCCAAUGGCUGAUUAAUCUUUGGAGAGAAAAGGAAGAGAAACUCAGAAAAUUCUACGAAAUGCCACGUAACAUCCGCCAGUUCCCAGAUACACCAGAUGGAAUGGAAUAUGAACUUGACAACAACACAGACAUGGCUCAGAAGUGGCUUAUCGGUUUCUGGUGCUUCACUACUAUUUUCUGGAUGUUCAUGUUCUUCGAAAGUGCCUUCAUGUUCUACUGGGCUGUAAUUGCCUGUAUCUUCUACGCAGCUGUACAUAAAAUCUACGGAGGUCUGGAAUUCCUCGCAAUGGAUCGAUUCAACGCAUCAAAACAAUACGGAGUUGUCGGACAAGACGCUGAAGUUCUCAAUACCUGA